AUGUGGUGCAUCAUAGCCAGUCACUGUCUGAAACCCAACUUCAACCAUGGCGGGCCUGGGAGAGGUGUGCUCCCACGUAACAGCUUUGCUGUACGCAAUACAGACUCUGCUGUCAAACAUCUGGGAGACAAAAGCUGCACUGAUGGGCCCAGACAGUGGGGACUUCCUCCUUUGAAAGCAGGCAAGGCUUUGUACGAAGAAGGGUCAGGAAUUGAUUUCUCAAAUCCUGCCAAAAAGCGUUGUGGUGUAAACAACCAAAGCCAUUCAGGUUGUCCUUCUGGGAAAAAAGUGGGUGUGUCUGCAGCAGCUAUAGAACAAUUCUACAAGGCUCUGGAUAAUGCAACUCCAAACCCUUCUGAGAAGAGUGGUAUACUACGCAUAUUGCCGCACUACUGUAAACAGUUUCAACCAAAGGUGGUGUCUCUGGGUCUACCACAUCCCCUGACCGAGUUAUACAGUGCUCAGAACCGGAAGCUGUCUGCCUCGGACCUUGAGAAGAAAUGUGAUGCAGUAUUUAAUGAUAUGGAAGUCACACCAGAGCAGGCAGUAAGAGUUGAGGAAGAGACACGACAACAGGGAAAGUCAAGGCUAUGGUUUGACAUGAGGGCUGGUAGGGUGACGGCAUCUAGGUUCAAGUCAGCUGCAAGGACAGACCCUACAAAUCCUUCAAAAUCCCUAAUUAGGCAGAUCUGUUACCCUGACCUAUGCAGAUUUUCUACAGUUGCAACCAGGCAUGUGUGACAUAAUGACACAAACAAAGAUGUGCUUUGAACUUAUGUUUCAACAAUGGAAAUGUAUACAUGUUGUGUUCUAAUGUAGAGGGCCCCAGCUUUCU